AUGUCUUCAUCAGUAACUCAAACAUCUCCAUCUGCUGGUGGAACUCAGGCACGUACAGGGUCCGACCCUGUGUUUGACAAGGCUGUGGCCAAGUUCAAAAAACGCCUCACCAAAGAUCAAGCAGCAAAGUUCGCGAAUUGCACGGUGGACGACGUGAGAAACCAAAUCAAAGAUAUCCAGAACCGUCAUGGCUCCCAGCGACGUUUGAGAAACAUGGAACGUAUCUCUAAAUUCGUCGAAGGCAUGGUCCAGCUGGGUACGGUUGUGGAAGCAUUCCUUAAUCUUCAUAAUGCUGUGGCAUUGGUCUGGGGCCCUAUUAAGUUUCUCCUCGUUACAGCAAGCACAUGGAUUGAUACCCUCGAUAGCCUACUUGACGUUUAUGGACAGAUUGGAGAGGUUCUUCCAGAUCUCACACGCUAUCGGCAGAUUUACAAUGAAUACCCUUCGGUUCAUACGCAUCUUGAAGCGUAUUACUGCGAUAUUCUUCAAUUCCACAGCAAUGCUCUAGAUGUGUUUGCUAGACCAGGCUGGAAGGUCUUGUUUCAUUCCGCUUGGAAAACAUUCAAGACCCAGUUUGACCCCAUACUGAAAAGCCUGGAGAGGCACAGGGUCAUGCUCUCGGAGGAGAAACUUACAGCUGUGAUGCAAGAAACCCAGAAACAGGGAAAAUCAAUCCAAGACAAGCUUCAUCAACUGGGUAGUGCUUUGCAAGAGAGAGACAAGAAAGAUACCGAGAGGGACUUGAUUACGCGUCAAAGUCAAAUCCAUCAGCAAUACCGCAUCGUUGAGAGUAAAAUCGAUGCUCCAAACUACCAUGAAGACUACGAGAUUGCAUCUCAGAAACGAUUUCAAAACACAUCAGGCCAAUGGGUCCUCAGUCAUCCUCUUGUCUCAGAAUGGCUUGACCACAGUUCUGAGGAUGAUGGGAAGAUAUACUUGAGUGGUAUACCUGGAGCAGGUAAAACUGUUCUGACAUCUAGUCUAAUCACUCAUCUAAAAGACCUAAAGUCGGCCGCUAAGGAUUCUGGUGACAGAUUCACUGUAUCCUACUUCUACUUCAAGCACGAUCAGCCAAAGAAAAACUCAUUCGUUUCCCUGCUUCUAUCAAUACUAGCCCAGCUAGUUUCUCAAGAUGAGAGCUUGCUUGAUCACAUUUACCAUGCUUGCCAUUCUAUGGAUUCGCAGCAAUUUCGAUCAUUGGAUGAGGUGUCUCGCCAUGUCGUGACAGCGCUCCAGUCACAAUCUCGAUCGUUCGUGGUCAUUGACGGACUAGAUGAGUGCCCAGAGGCCUCCAAGGUCUUGAAAUGGUUUGAAGAUGUCAUGUUUAAAGAGAAUCGUACUCCAGGAGACACCGACUUCGAAAUCAGACUUUUCAUAUCUGGACAACGGGACGGAAUCCUUGAAAGCCAGAUGUCCCAUUACAAAAUGAUCCAUCUGGAUAUGUCUCCAGGACACGAACAAGACAUUAAGACGUACGCAGAAGCUAUGGCCAAUAAGAUUAGGAGCAAAUUUUCUCUGGACCUUGAUCUGGAGCAGGAACUCGUUUCACGCGUUACCUCACACGCAUGUGGGAUGUUUCUCUAUGCCCAGCUUGUCCUCACCAACCUUAUCUCUCAGACCUCUAGAUAUGACUUCAAACAAGAAAUGAAGGCUGGGACAUUUCCCGACGGUCUUGACCAAGCCUACGAACGUGUUAUUGUUCGAGUGCUGAGAAACCCCAACAAAUCCGAGAGAGCCGUCGCCAAACAUAUUCUUGGAAUGAUCAUAUGUGCUUUCCGGCCCCUGCAUUGGAGAGAGAUAAAAAGCAAGUUGUGUAUCGAUCCAUCCAAGUCGGAAGCCGAUAUCGACCGUGAGCUUGUGAUGAGCUGCAAGCAAAUUUGUAGCUCUCUGGUGGAUGUGAGCUAUCUCGAGCCAUCGAUCUCAUCGCCGGGGGAGGAAAUCAUCGAUCUCGUCCACAGCUCAGCUAAAACAUAUUUGGUGCAAACUAAGGAAAUUGAUGUACCGACCGAGAAUGCCCAAAUGGCUCUUUUCUGCACGGAAUACAUGUUAUCUCGGCCUCUCACACCCGGACUUUCCAAGCAGGAGAUUCACAAUUAUGCAAACAAGGGUUAUUACGGUUUCCAUGACUAUGCUGCCGCGUUCUGGUGGAAUCAUAUGCAACAGGUUUUGGACAGCUCGGACUUGGACAAUGAGCUUGCACGAAGAACAUUGCAAAGAUCUCAUGAUUAUUUGAUAAGCACUGGAGAGCUUGAGCAAACUGAAAAUUUUGAAGAUCCCUCAGUAGACAUUCAGUUUCUGAAGAGGAAAUUUCAAGCUAUCCCACAUAGCCUCCGGGACUGGGACAACAUCAAAUUCUACGAAAAGCGAGUUUCCGCAGUUCGAGAAUCAAUUGUAGUACUUAUCAAUCAGCCCUACGAACAAAAGGAAGCGGCUUUAGUUCUUUACGGGCCGUGGCGCUACAAAUGCCUAAAGCCAUGGUGUCAGUUUUUUAGCCGUGGGUUCCAAGGAGCACAACAGCAGCAAACUCAUAUCAACCAACAUGACUUGCCAUUCAACUGCGAAUAUGAAGGAUGCUUUGCUACCGAAGUUGGAUUUGAGAAAGACACUGAUCUCAAGAAUCACACCAGAAGAUGGCAUCCUAAAGAGGGAUCCCGAUUAUUCCCCACGGUCGAGCGGCGCACCAGGAGUGACUAUGUCGUCCUGAAAGCCGCCGCUAAAACGGGCAAUCUGCAUACGAUCAAGACUAUCGUAGAGCAGGGCAAUGUCAGCCUCGACGAUAGGAACAGAUCGGGAAAAUCCGUUUUCGAGGUCGCAGCAGAGAAUGGACAUCUACAUGUCGUCCAAUAUUUGAAAGAGAUGGGGGCAAACCUCUAUAUUGGGGAUUAUGGUCUCGUAAACACUAAAAGUGUAUUCGAUGACCUUAUCGCGCGCCGUGACUUGGAAAUGAUUACCUUUCUCUGCGGUCUUGACAAUAUUUCAAUGAAUGGGUACAGCUUCGGUAACAGGACUCUGGAAAGCUGUCUUGGUAUUAUUCCAUUCCCCCAGGCAAUGAUGUCUCAGCUACUACGCAAAGCUAGAGACUCAGAAAAACAAGCUAUUCUCCAUUCAGCUAUCCAGUCAAAAAAUACUACGGCCACAGCAUACUUCGCAGAAACCUUCGACGUGUCCAUCUUCCACUACGCUCUUGAAGAUGCCGUCAAGGUAGCACAUCUGCCCUGCCUUGAUGCUCUACUAUCAUCAGGAAAAAUUGACCCAAAUACCCCCCUUCUGUAUGGAAACCUGCCACUUCAUGUGGCUUGUGAAUCCGGAGCAAUUCAAAUUAUUAAGCGACUCUACUCUAUCACGACUACCACUGACAUCACAGACUCAUCAGGCAACACACCUUUGCAUUUAGCCUCCAGAGGUGGUCAUGAUGAAGCAGUGGACUUCCUUAUCAAACAAGGUGCAAAUGUCAACGCGAAGAACCGAAGGUUGAAGACGCCAUUGAAUUUGGCCAUGAAAAACGGUCACGAGUCUGUGCAAAGGCUACUCCUUGAGAACAGUGCAGAAUUGGACGCUGUUGACACCUCCCUUGAUCCACAAUUGAAUGGAGGCGGUAUACAGUUGCCUAUACCCAACUCAGGUGACAUCCUGAAUGACUUUGACUUUGAUCAGUUUAUACAAGAUUAG